ACCAAAAGGAAAAUUCCGCAGUCUUUUUCUCUGCUUCAAUUUCUUAUCAAACUCCGAACGAAUAAUUGCAAUUUGUGAAUAAAAAAUUCCUUUCUUCCUCCCAACCUACCAAUAAUUUGGAACAAAAAAGCAUACUCCUAACAAUCGGAAUAUUUUUCAAUUUUGUCGGCGGACGAUGGAUAUUGAUCCUCGGCAAUACGAAGAUAUUGCUGUCAAUGACAAUGAUGUUCACAGCAUUGUCAUGUCAUAUCUCGCGCAUAGCUGCUUCACAGACACAUUGGAAUCAUUUACUACCUCCACGGGCGUGAAGCAGACUGCGAAUCUGGAGGAUAUGGAGAAGAGAAAAAGGAUUUAUCAUUUGGCAUUAGAGGGGAGUGUUUUGAAGGCCAUUGAACUUACAGAGCAGUUCGCUCCUGACUUACUAGAGAAAAAUAAGGAUCUGCAUUUUGAUUUGUUGAGCCUUCAUUUCGUUGGACUUGUCUGCUCAAGAAAAUGCACAGAAGCUCUGGAAUUUGCGCAGGCGAAGUUGGCUCCUUUUGGGAAGGUACAGAAAUAUGUUGAAAAACUUGAGGACUUCAUGGCUUUAUUAGCUUAUAACGAGCCAGAAAAGUCACCCAUGUUUCAUCUAUUAAGCUUGGAGUACAGGCAGCAAGUUGCCGAUAGUUUGAAUAGAGCAAUGCUUGCGAAUUCAAACCUCCCCAGCUAUUCUGCGGUUGAAAGGUUGAUGCAGCAAACAACUGUCGUAAGGCAAUGCUUAAGCCAAGAAUCCAGUAAGGAAGGGUAUCCAGCAUUUGCUUUGAAAGACUUUUUGAAGAGCUAGAGCCUAGGUGAGCCAAUUUAGGGACAUGUUUCCUGCACUCGGAGUAGCAAUUCUGCACCUUGAAGUCGUUUGGCAGCUAGAUUUGCAUUGCCUACUUUCCGAAAGCAAAAAAAUGGCAUGGCUGAUCAUGGGUUCUAUGACGUUUUUAAGACCUCACGAAUUAGCCUUUAGGCAACUUGUGGGAGUAUUAAGUUUUACUGAAUACCACAAUAGCACUUGUGGCGAUUUGUUUAUACUUAAAAUGUCAUAAGUGAAUAUGUUAGUCAAAUGCUUUGUUUAAAUGAAAAUUCUUAAGCGUUCCAUAUGAGAA